AUCGGACCUCGGCAAAACAAUGCAUGCCGACUUCGGGAUCUCCCAAAUUCCAGCUCCGCAUUAGGGGAACAAUGGUCCAAAUUUGUCCUCAUCGUCACCUCCCUCCUCCAACGCGCCUAUUAAGCUGCCUCGAAACGCGUUCUUCUCCUCCCCAACCAUGUACGGAGCUUCCAAUGCCGUGCAAAAAGCCAAACGGCGCACCCACAGCCGCCCCGAGCUCUCCGACGAGCAAAAACAGGAAAUCAAAGAGGCCUUCGAACUGUUCGACACAGACAAGGACGGCUGUGUGGAUUAUCAUGAGCUCAAAGUCGCGAUGCGCGCACUGGGGUUUGAUAUGAAGAAGGCGGAGGUGUUGAAGAUCCUCCGGGAUAACGACAAGACCGGUCAUGGGCUCAUGGAUUUUGAUGACUUUGCGAAAAUAAUGACGGAGAGGAUACUCGCACGAGACCCUAUGGAUGAGAUUCGGCGCGCCUUCCAGCUUUUCGACGACGACAACACGGGAAAGAUCAGUCUGAGGAAUUUGAGGCGCGUGGCAAAGGAGAUUGGCGACCGGCUGGAGGACGAUGAAUUGCAAGCAAUGAUAGAUGAGUUCGACCUGGACCAGGACGGCGAGAUCAGCGAGCAAGAGUUUUUGGCUAUCAUGACGGAUGACGCAUAGCCUGCUUGUUCUACACAUACCAUCUAUGUCUUGUAUUGCUCUCCGUCUCUGUAAGUGAUGUCUUUCACCUCUAAAAUCUUGCUGCCGAU